GUCCACUGUCCAGUCCUUGAAUUUCCUUCGUAACCAACAUCCAUGUCUUCCGCUCUCUGUUUUCCGUCACUCUCCUUUUCAUCUGCUCACCUCCAUAAGCGAGGCCCUCUCCGGCGAAGAAUCCCACCUCCAUUUCUCUCCAUCAAAUCCUCCAUUGACGAAGGGAAUCCCCCCACACCCACGAAGCUUAAGAACUCCACCAACAAUGCCAAAUCCGGUUCCUGGGUCAGCCCGGAUUGGCUCACCUCUCUGACUCGCUACAUUACCCUAGGGCAGGGCGAUGACUCCGGCAUUCCAAUAGCAAGUGCCAAGCUCGACGACGUUUCUGAUCUUCUGGGCGGUGCUCUUUUCCUCCCACUCUUCAAGUGGAUGAAUGAUUAUGGACCGAUUUACAGGCUCGCGGCUGGCCCUAGAAAUUUCGUGGUGGUUAGUGACCCUGCCAUUGCUAAGCAUGUUCUCAGGAAUUACGGAACCUAUGCCAAGGGGCUUGUUUCUGAGGUAUCUGAGUUCUUGUUCGGGUCUGGUUUCGCGAUUGCUGAAGGCCCGCUUUGGACGGUUCGCCGUAGGGCUGUGGUUCCAUCCCUUCACAAGAAGUACUUAUCGGUUAUUGUUGAUCGAGUAUUCUGUAAAUGUGCCAUGAGAUUGGUGGAGAAGCUGCAAAAGGAUGCAUUAAAUAAUAAUUCUGUUAACAUGGAGGAAAAGUUUUCUCAACUAACUCUUGAUAUUAUUGGUCUAUCUGUAUUCAACUACAGUUUUGAUUCUCUCUCUGCUGACAGCCCUGUGAUUGAUGCAGUUUACACUGCCUUGAAAGAGGCAGAGGCUCGUUCUACUGAUAUUUUACCAUAUUGGAAGAUUAAAGCUCUGUGUAAGAUAAUCCCAAGACAGAUAAAAGCUGAAGAAGCAGUUACUGUGAUCAGGAGAACCGUUGAGGAACUAAUUGCCAAGUGUAAAGAAAUUGUGGAAACUGAGGGUGAGCGUAUUGAUGAGGAGGAAUAUGUGAAUGACACUGAUCCAAGCAUCCUUCGUUUUCUGCUGGCCAGUAGGCAAGAGGUCUCAAGUGUACAAUUACGAGACGAUCUCUUGUCAAUGUUAGUUGCUGGACAUGAAACUACCGGUUCUGUUCUGACUUGGACACUCUAUCUUUUAAGUAAGGAUUCCUCAUCAUUGAUCAAGGCACAAAAUGAAGUUGAUAGAGUCUUACAAGGAAGACCUCCUUCCUACGAAGACACAAAGGAACUUAAAUUUUUGAUGCGUUGUAUCCUUGAGUCAAUGCGGCUUUACCCACAUCCACCUGUUUUGAUAAGAAGAGCUCGAGUUGCUGACAUACUGCCUGGAAAUUACAAGGUUAAUGCUGGUCAAGAUAUCAUGAUUUCAGUAUAUAAUAUCCAUCGCUCUUCCCAGGUUUGGGAACAAGCAGAAGAGUUUAUACCUGAAAGAUUUGACUUGGAAGGUCCUGUGCCGAAUGAAAGCAAUACAGAUUUCAGAUUUAUUCCAUUCAGCGGAGGGCCCCGUAAGUGUGUUGGUGAUCAAUUUGCCCUGCUUGAAGCUGUCGUUGCUCUUGCCAUAUUUUUGCAGCACAUGAACUUUGAGCUGGUUCCAAAUCAGACCAUUGGGAUGACCACCGGAGCAACUAUACAUACAACAAAUGGUUUGUACAUGAAACUCAGCCAAAGGCAGCUGACUCCAGAAUUAGCUUCCUCUGCUUCUUUAAGGUAACUGUUGAAAAUGUACAUAGAUUCUGGUUAGGGAAGAGAGAGGAGAGAGAUUGAGAUUUCUAUUAUCGUGCUGAUUCUUUUGCCUAUAGACAAUCACAAAUGUAUAUUGGAUCGAGUAUGCAAAUCUUAUACACUAAAGAGUUGCAUGGUCUAAGAUUCUCGUAGGAAUAAGAGGCUUGARAAUGAGAUUAUUGUGUAAUGCAAAUCGGCCUAAAGGAUUUAUUAUUUGAACCUAACCCAACCCAAAAAAACUUAUGCCGGUUUGAGCUGGGUUGAGCAGUCAUCAAAUUUUCUGAACAUUCAUAUCAAACACUAAAAAGCCUACUCCCAAGAAAAAGAAAAGUAUUAAGUGGCCUCAAUUUUUGUUGGGUACAUGUGGAAAUGAGAGUAAAGAAAGGUUGGAGAUAAAUACAGGCACAUGUUGAAAAGAGAAAGAAAGAGAAAAGAAAGCUAAAUCAAAAGGGAAAGUAAAGCCCACCCAUAUUAAAAUUGAACUUUUGAAAUGGCCUGCCCUAACUUGUUAGAAUGACCUAGAUUUUCUUUUGGCCCCAAAUUAAAAAUUUGGGCCAUGAAAACAAAUUCAAAAGACUAAUUUAAGAAUCAAAAGGAAUAUAAAUCUAUUACACUGAGAUGCAAUCUAGCAUCAAUGGAAAUGAGUUGGUAUGGUAUCAUGGGAUGUGGGGAAAAGUAGAUGCCAAUGCCAAUGGCAUAUCCCUUGGAAGAUGCUCAAAAUUGCAGCCUUUUCAAUCACUUUCUACUUUUUUCUCUUGUGCUUUAACAAAAAGUGUCCACAAACUCACUUCUUAGGUCAUUUCAAUCUUUUUCAUUGCCUUCAUAAACCAACCACAUCCUAUAUAAAACCCAACCCAACCUUCAUCAUCAACUCCUCUCAAAAUUGAACCGAUCCCACCGCCCCGACCGCGGUGGUGGCUGGAGAAGGAAGCCAAGGUGGUUCCUGAUGGCUUUCCAUGGUGAUGCCUCUGCUCUAUAUUUGCUUCAGGUCAGGUGAGAGGUAGGAGAUUGAAAGGGCAACUAACAUCCUUUGGCAUAUUUUUCUGAAUCUCUCUAUGCACUUUUCUGGUGAUGUUGGGAUCCAGGAACCUCUGAACAGGGCAAGUCAGAUUAUGGCCCCAUCUCUCUCUUCUUUUUCUUGUUUCUUCUUAAAAUUUGUAGAUUGAGGUAGAAUGAAUUACAGUGUCCUUUUAGCAAUGUAUGAUGGAAUUUCUUACGACCUUUUGAAUUAAUGUGUCAGAUUUCUCAACAUCAAUGUAUGUCCAAGACAUUUAUGUAUUGAAGUUAUAAAGAAUAAUUGUUUACAA